AUGGAUAAAUUUCUCAAAAGAAAAUCAGCAAUAGAUCAAUCAUCCUCAUCAGUCCAAGAAAGUAAAACCAAUGAUAAAGAAAAUGAUCCAUUAAAAGAAAGUCAUGUAGAACUUGAAGCCAUCUUGAAAGAUCUUCCAUCUGAUCCAGCUCUACGACCUAAAAUCAAUCAUUAUCAUCCUAAUUAUAGGGAUGCAAUUAGAAGAUUUUACUUGCAAAAGAGUUGUUGCCAGCCUCGAAAUCAUGCAUUUCCACUGACAAAAUUUGGAAAAGGAUAUCGUCGAUUUAAUCCUGCUUGGUUUGAUGUGUAUGGCGAUUGGCUUGAGUAUAGUGUGACCAAAGAUGCUGCAUUCUGUUUGUAUUGUUAUCUUUUUAGACCUUCCAUUAUAAGCCAAGCUGGUAGUGACGCUUUCGUUAGUGAGGGAUUUUGUAAUUGGAAGAAACCAGAACGCUUUCAAAUUCAUGUUGGCCAGCCAAAUAGUGCUCAUAACCAAGCACGACAGAGUUGUGUGAAUUUAAUGAAUCAAAAGCAACAUAUUGAAGUGGCUCUAUCUAAGCAAUCAGAUCAAGUUAGGACUGAAUACCGAACUCGCUUGACUGCAUCCAUUGUUUGCAUUAGAUUUCUUUUGCGUCAAGGGUUGGCAUUUCGUGGUCAUGAUGAAACUGAAGACUCAAAGAACCAAGGUAACUUUCUCGGACUUCUUUAUUUUCUAGCUCAGCAUAAUGAACAUUUUAAGAGUGUUGUUUUGAAGAAUGCACCUGGGAAUCUUAAAUUGAUAGCACCAGUGAUUCAGAAAGAUAUUGUGAAUGCUGCAGCAAAUGAAACCACAAAAGCUAUCAUUAGUGAUCUUGGAGAUGACAUAUUUUCAGUUUUGAUUGAUGAGUCUCGUGAUGUGUCAAUUAAAGAACAAAUGGCUAUUGCUAUACGUUAUGUAGAUAAAAAGGGUCAUGUACUUGAGCGAUUUCUUGGCAUUGUACAUGUUAGUGACACAACUGCAGUAUCACUUAAGAUGGCUCUUGAGUCAUUAUUCUGUCAACAUGGAUUGAGUUUGUCAAGAUUACGUGGACAAGGUUAUGAUGGGGCAAGUAAUAUGCAAGGAGAAUUUAAUGGUCUGAAAAGUUUGAUUUUGAGGGAGAAUGAAUAUGCUUAUUAUGUUCACUGUUUUGCUCACCAACUUCAGUUGACACUUGUAGCUGUUGCAAAAAAUCACAUUUCUAUUGCUUCAUUUUUUAGCUUGGUUACUAAUCUGAUAAAUGUUGUUGGAGGUUCAUGCAAGCGUCGAGACAUGCUUCGGGAGAGCCAAAUUAAUAAACUUGUUCAAGCACUAGAAAUUGGUGAAGUUAGCAAGGGACGAGGUUUGAAUCAAGAGACAAGUCUAAAACGACCUAGUGAUACACGUUGGGGCUCGUAUUAUUACACAUUGAUCAACUUAAUCCUUUUGUUAUCUUCUGUGGGCGAUGUGCUUGAGGUUAUUGAAGAAGAUGGUUUAAAUCCUGAACAAAGGGGUGAAGCAUGUAAUCUAUUAGAUUUAAUCUAUUCCUUUGAUUUUGCAUUUAACUUACAUAUGAUGAAAAGUAUAUUGGCGAUUACUAAUGAGUUGUCACAAGCAUUGCAGAGAAAAGAUCAAGACAUUGUAAAUGCUAUGGCUCUAGUCAAAGUUUCCAAACAACAGUUACAAUUGUUGAGAGAUGAAGGAUGGGAAUCUUUGUUGAGUGAAGUUUCUUCAUUUUGCCAAAAGCAUGAUAUUGCCAUUUUGAAUAUGGAUGAUAUGUUUGCAAUUCGAGGGCGGCCACGACGGAGAGUUGAGCACAUGACAAAUUUGCAUCACUAUCGAGUUGAAUUGUUUUAUACUGUGAUAGAUAUGCAACUUCAAGAACUUAACACUCGUUUCACUGAGGUUAGUACUGAGCUGCUUCUUUGUAUGGCAUGUUUAGAUCCAAGUAAUUCAUUCUCUGCUUUUGACAAACAUAAGUUGAUUCGUUUUGCCCAGUUUUAUCCAUCUGAUUUUUCUGCAUUUGAGUUGAUGAUACUUGAGAACCAGGCUGAGACUUAUGUUAUUGACAUGCGUUCUUGUGAGGAAUUCUCUAAGUUACAAGGAAUUGGAGAUUUGGCUAAGAAUUUAGUUUGCUUUAAAAAAGACAUUUUGUAUCCAUUGGUGUAUAAGCUUGUGAAACUUGCAUUGGUUUUACUAGUUGCGACUGCGACCGUUGAAAGGGCUUUUUCUGCAAUAAAUAUUGUGAAAAGUCGGUUACGCAAUCAAAUGAGAGAUCAAUGGAUGAAUGAUUGUUUGGUCACCUAUAUUGAGAAAGAUGUAUUUGAUACAAUUGACGAUGAGAUGAUUAUCCAAAGUUUUCAGAAUAUGAAAACUCGUCCAGGACAAUUGUAA